UAAAACAAUCGGAACAUUAACAUUCAAAUAUAUUCAAUAUGCAUACUAGGAGUGACUGUAAUUUCAUUUUCUCAAGUGCUAUCAGACUCUCAAGAAUCAGUAACUGGUAUACGCGAACGGGUCAAAGUGAUCGUGAUUAUUUCGUGUAAUAAAUUUUAUAACAAUGUGUCAGACGUAUUAUAAGAGAAUUUCCGACAAACUCUGUGCAAGACAUUGUGACAAACGACAGACUAUAAAAGUUUCAUCGGCAAUUUGAAAUCACAGCCGCCCCCAAAGAAAUAAGCAACAACCAAUAAAUGUAUCACAGUGCAACAGAAAUGGUUUCCAUGGCUUUCUACGUCAUUCAUUUAUUUUCAUCCUUCUACAUUGUCACAACCGUUCAAGCGUUACAAGAUUAUAGACUUUGGUCAAGAACAUCGCUCGCCCAACCGGAAUUUGUAGGAUCAAUAAAGAACAUUACAGUUCACAUGGGAAAAGAGGCGGUAUUGUCCUGUUCGGUCAGCAACAUAGGAAAUUACAAGGUAGCGUGGGUUCGAGAAAAGGAUCACACAAUUCUUAGCCUCCAAACGAGGACAGUAACUCACAGUUCUCGUAUUAGUGUCAUUUACGAUGGUCUGAAAACAUGGGAACUCCGAAUUCGACACGUUAAAGAAGACGAUAGGGGCUGUUACAUGUGUGAAAUAAAUACAAAUGUCCUCAAAGUUCAAAAAGGAUGCAUUGAUGUAUAUGUUUCACCCGAUAUCAUAAGCGAAGAUACCAGUGGCGACGUAUCAGCCAUGGAAGGAGAAAAUGCUUGUCUCUCCUGCAGAGCCAGCGGUCGACCGACGCCCCGUAUAAUAUGGAAACGUGAAGAUGGGAAACCAAUUAUAUUCAGGAGCGGGCCUAAGGAGAUAGAGAAAGUGGAUAUCUUCAAUGGAAGUGAACUUAACUUCUUUCAGCUGGAUAGAAAGCAAAUGGGGGCCUACCUCUGUAUAGCCAGCAAUGAUGUACCUCCAGCAGUCAGUAAAAGAAUUAUUUUGAAAGUAAUUUUUUCUCCUGUUAUAAGAGUUCCAAGUCAACUUCUUGGUGCUCCAUUUGGUACCAGUGUUCGGCUAGAGUGUUACGUAGAAGCCUUUCCUAACACAAUUAACUAUUGGGUAAAAGACAGGGAAGAAAUGUUGCUUAAUGGGACAAAGUAUACAGUUAGAGAAGAGAAAUAUGGCUACAACGUGUUCAUGCUAUUGAUUAUUCAUAGUUUCUUUGUGGAUGACAUUGGCACGUACAACUGCGUCUCCACCAACUCGUUGGGAAAGGCUGAAGGAACCAUAAGGCUAUACG